GCGAGAUUAGAGUUCUCUCCCGGAGGUUGCAUGUGAAUAAAUGGUGUGAAGGACAAAUUUUCGGUGAAUUCUUGUUGAAAAUACAACCUAUAACUACUUUAGAAAAUAUUUAUGAAUGAUGGAUCCUGACCAUCAGAAGAAAUCGAGCUUUUUUGCCCCGUACUCUUCCAGGGAUCCAAGUAUGGAUGUACCAGUUACUGCUGGCCAAGCAGGGUCUAUUAUGUCACCUUAUUUAAAUUUUGAUCCAGCAUUUAUUUCACCGGGUGGAGAUUCAGAAUUUAUAUUUCCAGAGGGAGCAAACAGACAACGAGGUCGAUUAGAACUUUCCUUUUCUCAGAUAGGAGGGUCUGUGUUUGCAGGGGGAGCUGUAGGAGGGUUAAAUGGAUUAUAUUCUGGUUUGAAAGAAACAAAAGCAGCUCAGUUAACAGGAGCAGUUAGACGAACUCAAAUGUUGAACUUCAUAGCAAAGCAAGGAGCUUCAUCAGCUCAGACAUUAGGAGUUGUAGCGUUAAUGUAUAGUAUAUUUGGUGUUGUGUUAUCAAUGGGUCGAGGUGUAGAAGACGAGUUAAACACUAUAACAGCAGCUACAGCUACAGGUUUACUAUAUAAAUGUUCAGCUGGGUGGAAGAGGUGUGUUAGAGGUGGUGGAAUAGGAUUUGGAUUAGCUACAGCAUAUUGUCUUUAUACUAGUCGGGACAGACUCAAAGAUAUGUUCUCUAAAGACUGAAAAUUUUCUUAUUUAUAGAAAGACAAAAUGUGUAAAAGGAUUGUGAGUGAAAACAAAUAUUGACAAGGUUUUUUUUCGAAAUUAUUGUCCUGGUUUUAACUUCACUUAUCUGAUGAAUGUGUUUAUUAUAGAAACUAUCAAAACCUUACAACCAUUCUUAGAAAUUGGUUGCGGAAAUAGAAACAAUGUCUUUCAUCCACACCAGCAUAUAUUGGAUUUCAAAGAUAUGUAGUGUUUAUAAUAUAUUCAGAUGUAGUCUGAAUGUCAUGCUGCAGUCACCAGAAUUGCUUAAUUUCUGAGAAUGGUUUUAUUGACAAAAAAUAAUAAUUAACCCUGCUGGCUAAUUAAAGAGAAACGGGGAAGAAUAGUUGGGUUAGUAACUACCAGUAAUAUUUAGCCAAGUGUGAAUGCAUUGUUUAAUAUAAUGGAUAGAUUUAAUAAUUCUUUUGACAUGGUAUCAUAUUGUAAUUACCAUGUGAAUUUUACGAUUCUGUUAUUCCAAACGGAACUUUAAUCAAAGGGACAAAAAUGAUUAAUUGAUAAAGGCAUCAACGCUCUAGAUCCCAGUACAUAGGAGAUACUUGAUAUAUUUGGUUCUUCUGAUGGUUUUGUUGAAAUGUUCUUAAACUUUCUAUUACAACACAGAUUUGACACCAUUGCUUUAAAGUUACAAUUUCAUAUUUUUAAGUUAUUUUUUUAAAAUGUAUUAAAAUAAAGCCCUAAAAUAGAUGGUUUCUAUAAACAAUCCUACCUUGUUAAAGAAUAAUCCUAUUAAUCCUAUAAUUCACUAUUGCCAGUUGAGAAAUUGGCAAAAAUAUCAUUUUCAACUUCAAAUUCAUACGUUUGAAGAUAGCUAUUUCAUGGUGGGGAAUAGAAAACAAGGGAGGUAAUUCAGAGGUAAUUGUAUUAUUAUUUCCGGUGUAAAGAUUUUUAAGUGUGAGAAAGAUCGUAUAAUAGUGAGUUGACAACCUAUUGAGCAAAAGACAUUAUGUUUUGACUUUCUUAGAAAAUAUGAAAUUGUAACUUUAAUGAGUGUUGUAUGUGUGUACUAUGAAUGGAAGAUGCAUUUGCUUGAAACUUCAGACAGUGAAAUCUAAUAUGAAGUUUUAACAUGUAUACCUCAAGCUUCAAACCUUGUGUUUUGACAAGAAUAAUGUCUUACUGUUCCUUCUGUAUUUGUUUUUGAAUCCUGUUAAAUGAGUGGUCUGUUGUAUAUUGAUUCAUUGUAAUUAUCAUACAAUUCUGUUGUUGUUCUGAUCAGUAUACUUUUAUAUAAUAAUAAUAUAUUAGUUAAUAUAACUAUAUGUAUCAAUAUAAUAUGUUGUUGAUUUUAUUUUUCAUUUUAAGGGUGAAAAUAAAAUGAAAUAGAGUU